GCAUGGCAUCUUCUAUCGCCGACAUCGAGCCACUACUGGCCAGCUCAAUGAGAGUUUUGCGCAACUAAACCACCCUUCAGAAUCUCAUUGCAGCUUAUCCAUCUUUGAAGGAAAAAGCUCUCUCAUCGCCUUCUACCAUGAUUGAGUCGGAGCGAUGCAUGUUUCUCGAUCUUCCUGAUCCAGACAUGGAAACUGCUAAUUUAAAAGCGGCAACAAAUCUUUCACGCUCCGAAUUGAUUGAGAAGUGUUACGAGGUUUGCCGUCUAGAUCACGUGGAAGUGCUCUAGGCUCUCGAGCUGGUUUAUAACUAGGCGUCAAGCAGGGACUUAAGUAACGCUGGUAAUAAUAUACAAUUCGUAACUAAUAAUAGAUUAUACUAAAUGAUUGAUCUUGAGCACGAAGUUCUACAGUAAACUAAGCUCCAAAAGGAUCCGAGUCACGUGUUUAUUGCUCGUGACUCGGAUUUUGAUAAGUCAGCUGUUACCGUCGUAACAAGAAGGCUGUCACGGAUCGUGGCAGUCUCAUAGAAGCAGAAGUUCUAGUUUUGAAAAAUCGGUUUUCGACACCUCAAACGAGAGAGGAAAAUUCGCGAACUACUGAUGGGUUCAUGGCUUUGAGUGAAGCGGAAGACGAAUUUUUCGAUGUCAAAGCUCCUGCGUAUCUUCCAAAAGAGGGAGAAGCGUUCAGUAUUGGUAUUGAAGAGUUCUAGGGUCGUGAGCAAGCGUUAAGAGAUGACCAGACAAACAGUGCAGUCAAUGUAGCCUUGCCACUUGCACCGGAAUGGAUAAGGCAGCUUUACAGGGAGGGGAAACAACAGUGGGGGUACAUCUGUCUUUAUGAUGCUGCUGCUAAAAAAUCGAUGCAGAACGCCUUGAAGAUUUUCAAUCUGCGCUAUGUGGCUUCUUCGAACAUGUACUUCGGUUUAAUGGCUCAAAAGAUAUCAUCAAUGGUAAAUGGCGAUAUAUGACGUUUAAUGCACCAGAUAUUGCGUUUGCAUCCCCUGCAAUCUCUUGACAGAACACAGAAAGCAACGGCGAGAGCGCUGAUCAAGGAUACCGCUGCUCUAUUCCGAAACGCAUUUUGGGAAAUUCUAGAAGAUCCGGAAACGUAUCAGAAAAGAAAAGAUGUCGUUCCGACUGAUGAAUAUACAGGUAAUUUCAAAAAUGGGAUUGCCGAUUCGGGAUUUCUCACAAAUACCUUUCUCGUAUUUGAUCCAGUGUGUAUCGACUUGGUUGUGGAAUCAGUAUAUUUCUAUGAUAACAUGCGUGUAUUAGCAUUUGAGGCUGAGUUUCCCGUGCCAGGAAGGACAUAUAAAGAAGGAUAUCAGGGUUACACGUGGGUGAGAUUAGAUCAAUUGGUGUACUACUUUUACAAUUUGAGGUUGAACAAAGCCGACGAACUUGGGAUGGAUAAGAUAUGGGAGGCUGCACAGAAGAGUAGGAAUGGUGCAUUUGUUAGCAUGGAUCCGGAAGAAGCUAUGAAUUGGUCGCAUUCUUGCCAUUUGACUGCUUUUACUCCCGAUAGUAUAUAAGGGAAAGGAUGGUACACUUUGAGAGAGGCUCUAAGUCAGUGAGCAGACAUUUGUUCGAAUCAAAAGUGUUGGAGACUGACGAGCGAGAGAUGAGAGAAGAAUUGAAAUAAAGGGCGGGUGGCGCAUAAUUGUUCGAAAACAAUCGUUCUCUUAGGAGGGUCUAAUCUUAGUUCUACAACGGUUGAACAUUUUUUCUGAGUUGUUCCGCCCGAUCACCUGGAUUUUUCUCGGUAUAAGGCAGAUUAAUAGAGUGAUAUUGGGUCUACAAAUGGGUUGAAUCCAAAAUUUUAAUCCAUACCUACGGAGGUGAUACUGAAUAUGGACGUGGCAAUAAGUAUCCCCUAGGCUCAAGCCAGAGUGUCGGCCCUGCAGGGUCUUUUUGCUUAUCUACUGCCACAGUUCUGUCGGGCAUUAUUUGGGUGUUAUCAAGCUUAAAAAGAAAGGUGAAUCAUACAUUUGUACCAGCAAGUUUUUUUUCCACGGAUUUCUCAAAACUGGUAGCUGUUCAUGGAGGACAGGGGCAAAUGCCAGGGGGGUAAAAAAGGUUGGUUGGUGCUUAGCACCAACUGUUGGUGAUUCGAA